GUGUAACGCGUUACAGGGUGUUUACUUUCUCUUUCUUUUUUUUUUCUUUUAAUUCUUUGAGCCGGUUUUCAAACGCUUGUCGUGUAAGCGUUUCCUUGUUGAUUACAUUUACGUGGGAUUUGGUGGAUUUUGGGAAAUCCGGGUCGCAUUUAAUAAAGAAAGAGAAGGUGAGAUGUCUUUGGCGUCCGGGAAGAUUGACUUUCCUCCAACUCCGCAAUCAAAUUGUAACGCCACGGUUUGAGCGGGGAUGUUUCCUGGCUUUUUACAAAAUAUGACUCACUCUCAAGUCAUAGAAGCGUGGAAGGAAUUUAUAGCCUCCUCUCAUGUGACCGCUCGCCAGCGGUUUCUCAGGAGGCAGUAUUCCGACUUUUACGUAAAUUGCGUGGGAGGGCGACCAUAUACGUGACAUUUGUGUUAUUUCCGCGUGUUAAUAAAUGCAAUAUAGUAAAUUUUGUUUUGUUGAAGGUUGUUGUGGGUCGAACGUUUUCCUUGCAAUCGUGCUCUUUCUCCUCCUCUUCUUCUUCUUCUUCUUCUUGUUCUACUUGUUGUUCUAGUCUAAAAAUAGGACCCAAUCAGCGAGUUGAAAAAUGUAUAUAUAUGGGGGCUUGGGCUCGACCUUUCCUCUCCUUCUUUCUUUCUUUCCCUCCUUUCGUUUGCUUCGGCUUUCUGUGUGGCCUUGGCGCCAACGAGAUCAUUUCGCCCUGCCCCGAAUGCCCUUUGGCAUGAGUUUUUCGCAAGGAGUCAGCCUGAAGUAAAGCUAUAGCUGACAUCUAAGUCCUUCAGUUGCAUCCUAUUUGUGGCACGCUCUUAGAAAUGUGCAGGAGUCGAAAACUUGAUGGGUUGCAUUGAUAACAGCAAAAUAAAGAAGACUUUGAAGAAGUGGUUUUUUAUAGACAAGAGGGUUGGUUGACAUACUGGGCGGUGAAAACUUUAGGCGAAGCGCACCCGUUUGAAAUCUACAAAAAGUGUUUGGCUUACAAGUGAUCUAUAGUCCAACUUCUGAGUGCUUUCAGUAGAGCCCAUUUUAUAGUGAUUUUCGGUGUGAUGGCAUUUGGAUCAGAGUGCAAUCCUGUUCUUACUGACCCCCCUGUUGCAGUCUCCAAUUCUUCAAUAUUUUCAUGCUCAUCAUCAUCACCUUAUACUCCAAGUUCAGCAUCUGUUGUCUCCUUAAGUCCUAUUGAUUUUCAACAACACAUGAAUGAAUUUUUUAGGGUUCCUCAAAUUAUUAAGGAUACUCAUGCCUACAGCGAGUGGACUGUGCACCAUCCUUCAGCACUUGACAGGUUUAGAGAGAUUAUGUCUAAAUCAGAAGGGAAACAAAUUGUAGUGUUCCUAGACUAUGAUGGCACGUUGUCACCGAUUGUUGAUAAUCCUGAUAAGGCUUACAUGACUAGCCAGAUGCGCGAUGCAGUUAAAACUGUGGCAAAACGUUUUCCAACUGCUAUAAUCAGUGGAAGGUGCCUGGAAAAGGUCGUUAAAUUUGUCAAGUUGGAAGAGCUAUACUAUGCCGGUAGCCAUGGAAUGGACAUUAAGGGACCAGAACCACCAAGUUCUAAAGGUUCCAAAGCCAAUGGCAAGGCGACUUACAGAACGGGCAACAAUGGCAUUCUGUACCAGCCUGCGAGUGAAUUUUUACCAAUGAUGGACAAGAUAUUUGCAUCAUUGGUGGAGAAGACGAAGAGAAUAAUUGGAGCCAUAGUUGAAAACAACAAAUUCUGUGUUUCUGUCCAUUAUCGUAAUGUUGAACAGAAGAAUUGGGCUGCACUUAAAGAGCAAAUAUUCAGUGUACUGAAAGAGUACCAGCACCAUGGAAUUCGCUUAACUGAAGGAAAAAUGGUUAUAGAGAUUCGCCCACCAAUCAAGUGGGAUAAGGGAAAGGCCCUUGAAUUUUUACUACAAUCACUUGGAUUAGCAAAUUGUAAUGAUGUACUACCUUUGUAUAUAGGAGAUGAUCGUACAGAUGAAGAUGCUUUUAAGGUACUGAGAGACAGAGGUCAAGGUUUUGGGAUCCUCGUCUCUGAAUCCCCCAAAGAAACAAGCGCAAACUAUUCUCUUAGGAAACCAACUGAGGUAAUGAAAUUUUUGCAACGCCUCGGUCAGUGGAAGCAGCAUAAUAUGCCAAAGGGGGGUCGGCUGUCUAAAGUAUAAAUGGUCAUUCUGAAUCUGCUAUACAAGCGUGGAUCUCAGAAUGGACAGUGUGCAUAGAGAGCCCCCUAAUAAAGGGUGGUUUUAAAGUUAUAUAAUGAUACCAAUAUCUGUGUAAUACGUCAUCAUUUUGUAUUUCAAAUUAAAGUUUCUGAUAAAUCUGCCCGGUUGUUUCUUUGUAAUUGAGGAAGGAAUGCCUCAAUUCCAUUAACCUGGCAAGUUCUGGUGAUUUUUUUCACCACUUUGUAUUCAGGAAUGGUAAAUUGUUAAAAGAAAAAAGAAUGGCAUUCCCAAUUGCUGAGCAAUGGUGAUUUGCCUAAUUUUGUCUCGGAACAUAUAUCCAAUUUUUGGAAAGGAAAUGUAAAAGCUCUCUUAAGAACUAUUCCACUAUUUGUUAUUAUUA